AUGGAAACGCCGAGUGAUGUCGAAGAAACACCGCCGCAACCGGUUCGUUCACAAAGGCAAAGACAGCCACCGUUACGUUUUGGAUACAAUGCACCUGGUUGUCCUACGGGUGAAUUUCCUUUCAUUUGGCAAGACCCUAACGUGGGAUUAGUUCAAAUACGAGAUCCGUGGUUUGGCCCACAUUGGAUUGGACCGAUACAACCUCCGAUGAUAUCAGUACCGUAG